UAGAUUUAAAUGAGGCUGUUAUAAACAACUGAAGUGUAUUAGAAUGGACAGCCUGUUGUGGCCUGUGGUCCUGCUAUUCGGUUUUUCCGUAGUGUUGCCUGCUGCAGGAGAUACUGAGCUUCCGGCUGACUCCAAUGAGACGACUGCAAGCCCAUCCAACCCAGUAUUGAACUUGGCUUAUUACGCCCUUGACGACAAGUACAAUGGUUGCGUGAAAGCUAUGAAGAGCAAUCUCAAGUCUCUCCUUAAGACAGAGCUAGCAAUGUCAGAAACAUAUAGAGAAACAUGGAACAAAUCCUUGGAAGGCUGGUGGGAGGAAAAAGAUUCGAAGUCAUUCCCUCAAAAUAUAACAGAGUUUGUUGAGGUGGCUAUCUUGACAUACACAUCAGAAUACCCUAAAAUCUACCCAGAAUUCAAUGCUGCCACCCGAACAGCAGGAAAAGGACCCGAAGAAUAUGAGGCCUAUCUUUUUAAAUCCCUACACUUCCUUUUAACAAUGGCAGCCAAACAACCUGACUUAAAGCCACUCCAAUGCAUCAGUGUCUACAGAGGCACCAAAGUGGAUUUUUCCGUCGAGAAGGUAUUCCGGUUUGGACAAUUCACCUCCACUACAGAGAGGGAAGACAUGGCUAAAAAGUUUGGGACCAAAACCUUCUUUAAUGUGUUCACCUGCAAGGGCUAUUCAAUAAGUGAGAUGGCCUCCUAUGAAUUUGAAAAGGAAGUGUUAAUUCCUCCUUAUGAGAUAUUCCAGGUUACUUCGGUUGAAGACACUGAAGAUGGCAAGACCGUAAACGCCACGUCACUGGGGAGCUGUAGCAAUCACAACUGUGCCUUUGUCGGGAAAGGGUGGAAUGGUACUCAGGCCUGCCCAGAACACCAAGUGCUGUAUCUGUGAGCCUUUCUGUUCCUUCUGCUCAGGGAAAUCAGCUUGCCGGACACUACGUUUUCCAAGCAUGCCUACAAACUUUCUGUUCUACAUGUUUGAAAAGAAAUUCAGGAAAGAGACAAGAAAUGGUUGCUAUGUUGUGUAUGCAUAGGCAAUGUUAGCUGUUAAUUCUACUUAAGAACUGAAUAUUCCCUCAUUGAAUUUCUUCUUCUGUGUUAAUUGCAUUUUUUUUAAAAAAAAAUCAAGCUUAUUUGUGCAUGUAAUUCAGCAAAAA